AUGCCUCCUUCAAAAAAUCAUUUUGUCACUCGGUCGUUUCUCUUAUUCCACAAGAACAAAGGCAUCUUAAUAAAAGGCAUGCAUAGUCGAGGUUACGAUGAAAUACGACCAGAUGGAGCUGGUUAUGAUAAAGUGGAUCCGUCAAAGAAGUACGUGAAAAUGCGUGUAGGAGCAGAGCAACCAGCAAGAGGCAAGCCCAGAAGGAGAGUUGGAUCCAGUAGUGGAAGAGGUGACAGAGCAGAAGGAGAUCAAACAGUAAUGUUCCGACUAGAAGCGUCUAAUAUAUCAAAAGUGAACCUUCUUAUGACUAUUUUGGCUAUAAUAACCACAUUAUUUAUAUUCUGUGUAAUAGGCUGCGUUGUGGUUAUACUGCAUCAUGCCCGUAUUGUUGAAUGGUUUCCAGCGCUCACCCAAAUCACUGGCGAUGGAUUUGAAGUUGAAAUAGGUGCAAAUUGA